CAAUCACGUGUUUAGUGAGAAAACGAAAACAAGGAAGUAACGCGCACCAGAAAGACAGUAGAUUUAGGGACUUAAUAAACCAGCUUUCAGGGGGGAAAUGGGGAUGUUUACAGGCUACAACUGUGUACUGUUUUUGUUGCUUUGGAGGAAUUUGAUGUUUGGUGAAAUCUUAGUUUAUGGCGCAGUGGAAACGAGUCACAUGGAAGAAUUAAAACCGCCUGCUUUUAAUGAAAACAGCUUCUUUUCUUCUCUCAGUCUCAGUCUGUCGGCUUCCUUCCCAGGGGAGCUGGAAACGACUAAUUAUUGCCUGGAGUUGCUGCAUGAAUUCGGUCAGACAUAUGGAAGUUUAGCGUACUGUCUAGUGUCCAACGUGCGUCCUGUUAAAGUGUGUCAGAACUGUUAUAACAUUUAUAACAGCUUUCAGGACGUCUUUAAAAACAUAUCGACUGGGACAGGGAACCAGAGCUGUCAGGAUUCCCUGCUGCGCUCUGAUAGGCUGAUGCUUCUGUACAACCUUUACAUCAGUUUCGAAAACACCUGGAUCGCGUCCGAAUGUACCGGUUGUCUGUCUGAUGAUAAGAAGAGUGUGUCGAAUAAAACACUUUACUUCAACGAUCGACUCAAUCAGUCGCUGACCUGCUUUGAGAAAUACCAGGGAAACCACACGGAGUUGUGUGUGGAGUGCAGGACUUCGUAUAAAAUACUCAAUGAUCAGUAUAGUAACAUGUCUCUCUGUAUCGAUGUGGAGGAUGCGAUGAACGUGACACGACACUUGUGGAGCAAGAACUUUAAGUGUUCAUUAAAUCGUGAGGAGAACGUUCCAGUCAUCGCCUUGUGCAGCUUUUUGCUCUUCCUUCCAAUUAUCUUCUACUUGAGCAAUUAUCUGCACUCGGAACAAAAGAAACGCAAGCUCAUACACCCCAGUAGAGCCAAGUCCAGUCACAGUCAGAUGAAUGUCCAAGACAAGUACAACUGAGGAGGAAGAGGAGGAAAAAGAGGAAGUUGUCGGACCAUAACCGAUAGGAGCGUUCCUGCAGCGCUAUAUGUGGGAAGGAUUUUAAAUUAUUGACAGACUUUAUGAUCGUUAUUAAAGUAUUCAUCAUUUAUAUUAUGAAUGUAUUUUAAAUUCUUAGGCUUUUAUCAUUAAUGUUUUUCUUGAUCAUGUGAGUGACUACCAGGUAAAGAUUUCCUGAAAUUCAUGACAUCUGGCUGUAGAAGGCUCGCUGACAAGAGCUCUUGGUGCGACUGGUUAUGCCGUAAUCCGUGUGCAACCAAGAGAACAUCUUCAUGCCCGCUAAAAGCUUUUAUUAUUUAUUUCUGUCGGCUAGCGGGUCUCGUACGUAUAACAUAGCAGCAGUAGCGCUGUAGCAAGCACUUGAUGUCCAUUAGCGAUCCAUUAAUAAAUACAUGGUUGCAUGCGUGGAGUGAAGAGGUAAAAGCAAUGGCUGAAAUGAAAGGAGAAUGCACUAAAGAACUAUGCGAGUCACGUGACGCUUUGGCCGAGCCUUUUCUUCUUUCUUUUUUUUUAUUUAUUUUUUUUGUAUACGAUGCAACCAUCUCUACCCUUUUUGCUGCUAAUGUGUUUUUGAGUUACUAUAAGGUCACGAUGUUGCAGUCUGACUGGUUUUCUGAUCAGGAACAGAAUAGAUAUAGGACGUGUGUGUGUGUGUGUGUGUGUGUGUGUGUGUGUGUGUGUGUGUGUGUGUGUGUGUGUGUGUGUGUGUGUGUGUGUGUGUGUGUGUGUGUGUGUGUUGGGAAGAGUUAACUGCACUGUGUUACACUGCAUAUGAUCGCAGAACGUCUGUUUGUUUUACCGCAAAUUAAUCAUAGGCCUAAAAUUUGAUAACGAAUAAGCCGCUCAUCGUUGUUUUUCAAGUUACUCUGAUUUUCUCUCCUUAAUCUAAAUGUACGAUAAAGUUACUUGGGUAAAACAACGUGAAACAACAUAUCCAUUGGCUUUUUGGUCUCAUGGACGUGUGCCAUUACUUAUCACACUGGCCUUUAAGCGCAUUGCACCUGAUUUGUUCAAUCAUAUGAUUGCUUAGAGCCCUUCUAAGCAGGUGUAUAAAUAAUCUUUCCUAUACACGUUAAACGUGUGAUGUACUGCAAAUGGAGGAUUUGAUUGGAUUAAUGCCUCGUGGAUUGAUUUCGUAAGCAGUCUGGAUUUUUGUAAACAUGGGCGAAAGUCACUGUUGCUGACUAACUUCAUCUCCACGUGAUCCAAGAACCGGUGCGUGGCCACAAACGACCCCUAGAGAGGACAAGGAGUAAAAACUGGAGAGUGAGAGAUUAUCCUUCAGAACCUGGGUUAGGAUCAGAGAAGUGACUUUGGACCUUGAGAGCAUUACGAAAUGCCUUGUACUCAGCUAGUACUCAUGGAAAGUGUGUGUUUGUGUGUAUGAGCCUGUUUUUUCAUAAAUAUCUGCCCUUGCUUUUCA